AUGCAGUUCGGAUAUAGUCUUUUCUGGGACUCCCCGCAGAUUCUCUACUCUGGUAGUUGGUUCAGGUCGUCGGAAGUGCAGGCAAUGGAAACGGUAGAGGAAGGGGCUUAUGCAGAGGUUGUCUUCUCUGCGAGAAACUUUACUGUUUUCGGUGCCAUUCCGCCUGCAUCCCAAGGCCCUUCACCGACAAUUUUCGUCUCAUUCCUCUCUCCGGAUGGAACCUCUUUCGCCUCAUUCCAGCAGAACCACUUCGGAAGUGAAAAUGAUUGGAGCACCAACCAAAUCCUGUUCACCAUAGACGAUGUUCAACGACCAGAUGUGUUUGCCGCUCCCAGAACCACAGCGAGGCUCACACACAUGGUGGGAGGGAGCCAUACAGCCUUGCAACAGCUAGUCUUCGCCGGAAACGACGCUCCAAUCAUCUUUCCUCCAGGCAGCGGCCCCGCAGUUUCGGCUUCGUCCAAUUUCCCCACUACAGUCAGCACGAUCUCCAUUGUUGAGUCGAGUCCACCGCCGGAACCUUCGAAUUCAUUCCCCGGAUCCGACUCUUCAGACAGUAACCAUGUUUAUCGCACCUCCCUAUCGCCUGGAGUCAUUGCUGGGAUAGUAUGCGGGUCACUGGCCUUCAUAGCCCUUCUCUCGACGCUCUUGGCAUGGAGGUUUCUUCGUCGAAAGCCAUACACCCAGCUGCGAUGGGAAGGCAAUUCACGGAAUAUGCUUGACCCAUUCGCGAAAUCUCCCCCGAUGCACAUGACUUUGAAUGAUUCAUCGGCUGAGACCGUUGCUCGGUUUCCAAUGACCGCGACGGUGCAGUCGAAGGGGAGCCACGAUGCUUCCUCUGGUGAAAACCCUUUCCUCGUUCGCAACGUCGGCGUAGCAGGAACCUCCCUCAGCCGCUCCACAAGCGUCAGCAGUCAGCCUUCCAUAUAUUCUCAAAGUUCAGCUUCCUCUAUCCUGUUACCGCCUGUCGCUCUUCCCGGAGAACAUGGUUACCUUUCUCCGGCGUAUGAUGACCCACCAGAGAUUACCAAGCCCCUUCACAGCAACAUCUCUCGUCCGGAGGGUAUCAGAUUCUGA